UGGAAGGGACGGAGGGGACGGCCAUGGAGUGGCUGAGCCAGCGCUGCCCGCUGCCAUCCGCUGCCCAGGGCUGUGCCCGGCCAGGCAGGGGCACUUUGCUGCUGGUGGUGACGCUGGCAGUGCUGAUGUCCCCGCUGCUGAGGGGCCUGGCCCUGCAGCUGCACUCGGCCCUCACCGGCACCUACAUCCCUGGCAGCAGCUCCAUGGCCUUCAUCAACUGCCUCAACGAGCAGAUCGCCAAGGACAUCGCCAGGGCCAUCAUGGAUAAGAAGCUGGCUGCCCAGGUGAACAUCCUGCCCAAGAGCUCGGCCUUGUAUUUCUGGAAAGGGGAGCUGGAAGAAUCCACUGAAAUACUGCUGAUCGUGAAAACCAGGACAUCCAAAAUAGGGGAAUUGUCCAACUACGUCAGAUCCAUCCAUCCCUUUGAAAUCCCCGAGAUCAUCAGCCUGCCUAUCGACCAAGGAAACCCUCUCUACCUCAAAUGGAUCGAGGAAAACGUCCCACGGGACUGACUGGAAAGGUCACCUCAGUUUUGGGAGCCCUGCGGGUCCCCCUGGGCAGGCAGGACCUACGUGCGAGGAGGCAGCUUCUGUCUCCUUGGGCUUGCUGGAACAAAGAAGUUUGGGAUUGGGAAUUUUGUUUGCACUGGAAACAUCCUCUCCUCGGCCUGAGCAGGGAACUCUGAGCAGCCCAGAGCUGGUGCAGGCUGAGGAGGGAAAGGCUGCACCAUUGGGGAUGAGGAUACAGAGAUGCUCACGUCAGGCCACUGCAGCACUUGGGGGCUCUUUCAGCUCUUUCAGGCAGCCAGCAGCAAAUUCCUUCUGGAAGCCAUGGCCUGGCAGCCCCUCCAGUUCCAUGUGUGCCCACAGCCAGUGCCUGAACCCUGGCUGGCCCCCCUGCUCGGUGCCAGCAUCCUGCCCUGCUCUCCCCCAGCCCCGAGGCAGCAGGAUGUGGCUGGGCACCCCCCGAUGUGCCGGCUCCUGCUGUCAGGAAACUGCACUGCAGCCUCCCAGGAUCCAGGGAAGCAGCAAACAUGAGCAGAUGCCACAAGGAACUACCCAGAGCCACGAGCAGUACACGUGUGACCCUGCCCUGCCACGGAGACAGGAUGAGCUGGGAUGAGCUGGGAUGAACUGGGCAACUUCCAUGGCCAGCCCAGGGAACCCAAGUGCCAACAGGACCAGGACAUUGCCCCAGCCCUGCAUCCCUCACCCCAGCCCUGCAUCCCUCACCCCAGCCCUGCAUCCCUCACCCCAGCCUGAACGGUGACUUUUUGCCCAGGCCAAGCUUAACCUUGCAAAAAGAUGCUUGUUAAUAGUUUAUUGGGAUAUAACUUAUGGGAUGAUAUCGAGGAUUUAUGGGAAGGGAAUAAACAGUAGCACCAUGGUGGGCACUGGGCAUCCCCCCAGGAGCACGGACUGACCUCCAGAGCCCAAACCCAAAAAUCCUCACACUACAAAAUAACAGUGAUGUUAAAAAAGAAGAAAAAAAAAAAAAGACUUUUUAAUUGUACACCAGAACAUCAGACAUAUUAAUUACAACUUGGGUAUAAGGAGAGUUGGUUAUUACAAGCAGCAACCUGAACUCAGAAAUCAGAAGGUGCACAGAGCCGUUAUAAUCUCGAUUACAGCGAAUGCAAAAUAUACUCUGCAACAAAAAUA